UCAUAAAUCAUAGGUUCCAGAAUCAACAACUGAAAUUAGAUGAAAAAGAAUGAAAGAAUUGAUAAGAAAGUAAGAAAAAAAACCUAAGAUGAAUAGCCACCAGUCCCCCACUAAUAAUUUUUUCAUUACUUCUCCUCCUCUGCAACAACUACACUGAACACCCCUCCCCCCAUAUCUGUAUCAUCUUCAACCUCUCUCCUUUCGCUACAAUUCCAAUUUCCCAACCCCUUACUCACCAAACACAGAAGUCUCUUCCCUAAGCUUCUUCCUCACCAAAAGACAGGAGACUGGAAAGAGAGAGACGCGGAAGAGAUAACAUUAGGGUUUGGGUUAUUGAGGGUUUCUUUAGAGACGUUUAGGGUGAUGGAAGAUAUUGGAUUGAGAGUGUCGGAUUAUUCCUCCAUGCUAGCGCAGAUGCCAGUACUCUUGGCGUCGCUAAAAGAUGAAGAUCCUGGUGUAGUGCGUCAAGCUAUUGUUAAUGGCAUGAAAUUCUUCCAUUCUAUUCUUCAGGAGUUGGUUCAUCAGUUUCAUCAACAUGGUAAAGUUGAGAGAUGGGCUGAGGAGAUAUGGAUGCAUAUGAUCGAGUUCAAGGCUGCAGUACUUUCUCUUGUUUUUGAGCCGAUUUCUGUGGGGACAAGGUUAUUGGCGCUGAAGUUCAUGGAAACUUGCAUAUUGCUAUUUACUCUAGAUGCAGCUGAUACUGAUAGACUGUCCUCAGGAGGAAAGGAGCACAGAUUCAACGUCUCAUGGGUUGCUAGUGGCCAUCCAGUUCUAGAUCCAGCUGAACUCAUUUCAGAAGCAAAUAGGCUGUCCACCAGUUUACUAGACAUGUUGCAAUCAUCUAGUAGCAUUCCUGGUCCAUUGACAAUUACUGUUGUCAAUUGUUUGGCAUCUAUUGCAAGAAAGAGACCGGGGCACUAUAGUCAAGUUUUAUCUGCACUUCUUAACUUCCAGUCAAACUCCGAAACAAGAGGAGGUCAUGCUGCUAGUCUACAGUAUUCUGUAAGGAGUGCCUUAUUGGGGUUCCUGAGAUGUACACAUCCAGCCAUCAGCGAGUCCAGGGACAGAUUAGUUGAACGUCUGCGCAAAAUGAAUGCUGGUGAUGCUGCUGAUCAAGUUCUUAGACAAGUUGACAAAAUAAUGAGAAAUAAUGAGCGUUCUUCACGUGAGGCUCGGGUUGCUAAGGAAGAAAAGCCACCAACCCAGGUCCCCUUUUCAGGGGAUCCAGUAAAGAGGAAGCUGUUGCCCUUCGACAAUGAAGAGCCUGACAAUGGUCUUGAGAUGGCUUCAAAGCGUAUGCGUUACACUUCUAAUGGAAAAUCUUCUGAUCUUGUUCAGAUUCAAGUGUCUGUUGAUGAUAAUACUUUAAAAGAUAUCUCUUCUGAAGUUCCUUUGGUGAAUAACAAUGUGAACCCUGUUGAACAAAUGAUUACUGUCAUUGCUGCAUUACUAGCAGAAGGAGAAAGGGCUGCUGAUUCUCUUGAACUUUUAGUAUCUCAAAUUCACCCUGAUUUGUUGGCUGAUAUUGUCAUUACCAAUAUGAAGCAUUUGCCAAAGACUGCACCUUUAGCAAAGCAGGGAGUACCCUCAAGUGCACAGAGUGUUCCUGUCGCGAGUACUGUGCAAGGGGCUGAUAGCUCCACAAUGCCUGUCAAUUCAUCACUUUCUGCACAACAGGGCUCCAUUUUUGCAGCAGCUACAGUUAGCACAUCUCUUCCUGAUCUCUCUGGUUCAACUAAUCUCCAAGUAGAUGCUAGACGCGAUCCAAGAAGGGAUCCCCGUCGCUUGGAUCCUAGGCGACUUGCCGUAACUGUUGAAGCUCCAUCAGUUCCUGUUGCAGAGGAGGCUCCGCAUGUGUCAUCUGUAUUUGAAGGUCCUGCUUCUCUAAAUAAACCCGCUGCAUUUAUGUCAGCACCAAUCACCGACCACAUAUCUCCGAGUUCUGUGCCAGAUGCUGAAGUUGAUGCGAAAAGUAUGAGAAUUCUUCUGGUUCCUGAGAAAGAAGAAAUAGUCAAAGAGGAGGGAGUCGAUGAAGCCAGGGAUGUAUCAUCAAGUUCAGAAGUUAAUGUGCUUGUUGCUCGUGCAGUCUCGCCUGAUCUUGCAGACAAUGAGAGUUCCAUCACCCCGCCAUCUUUGGAUAUUGAAUCAAUAGAUGCAGCAAGUUCUCAGUUUGUCCAAGAAUCUGAUGAUGAUUCUUCACCCACUUCAAAUGCAUCUGCAUCGGAAGACACUUGUGAGGACUUACCCGAAGUUCCAUCUUACCUUUAUUUAACAGAAAAACAGAGGCAAACAUUGAGGAAAUCGGCAGUUGAACGGAUUGUGAAAUCAUGCAAACAGUUCAAAACCAAUGACUUUUGCAGGAGUAGGAUGUCACUACUUGCUCGAUUGGUCUCUUGGAUGGAAGCUGACGACUUUGUGACAACGAUGGUGCAACAAGACAUUGUACUGGAUUACCGAGAUCACCAGGGUCAUGACCUUGUAAUGCAUGUUUUAUAUCAUCUCCACGGUUUGGUGACAACAGAAGGUGAACAAUCUCCUGGUGCUGCUGCUUUGUAUGAGAAAUUUCUUCUUGGUGUGGCGAAAUCUUUGCUGGACACUUUGCCUGCUUCGGACAAGUCUUUUAGUAAACUCCUUGGUGAAGCUCCGAUGUUGACUAAUUCUGUAAUGAGACUAUUGGAGAAUCUCUGUUGUCCUGAUGGGUUGGAUGUGCGAGGAAAAGAUUCUAGAGAUGAUCGUGUCACUCAAGGUCUUGGGGCUGUCUGGAGCUUAAUUUUGGGACGUCCGCUAAAUCGACAGGCCUGUUUGACUAUAGCUCUCAAGUGUGCUGCUCACUCAGAAGAUGAUACUCGUGCUAAGGCCAUUCGUCUGGUUUCCAACAAACUUUAUCAACUCAAUUAUGUAUCUGAAACCAUUGAGCAAUAUGCUAAGAACAUGUUGCUUUCAGCUGUGGACUACACAUCUGAUUUUGAUGCAUCUGGAUCCAUUGGUUCAAGAAGAGAAGUAAAGGUUGAUGAAGAAGCUUCUGUUAGUGGCUCCCUUGUUUCAGGGUCUGGCACAUCCCAUGCUGUUUCUCAGGCUGGUGCCAGCAUGUCAUUUUCUGAAGCUCAACGUUUAAUAUCCUUGUAUUUUUCCCUUUGUACAAAGAAACUUGGUCUCCUUCAGCUUGUGUUUGAUGUCUAUGCACGAGCUGGUAAAAGUGUGAAGCAGGCUAUCCAUCGUCACAUUCCAAUAUUAUUGAGGGCUUUGGGGUCAUCAUAUUCACAACUGCUCCUUAUUAUAUCUGACCCACCCAUGGGAAGUGAAAACUUGUUAAUGCUGGUGCUCCAAAUACUAGCUGAACAAGCCACUCCUCCACCUGAUCUUAUUUCUACUGUUAAACAUCUAUAUGAAACUAAGCUGAAGGAUGCUACUAUCCUGAUUCCUAUGCUAUCUUCUCUUUCCAAAAAUGAGGUUUUGCCCAUAUUCCCUCGACUUGUUGAACUUUCACUCGACAAAUUUCAGCAGGCGCUGGCUCACAUAUUACAGGGAUCAGCUCAUACUGGUCCUGCGUUAACGCCUGCUGAAGUUUUGGUUGCUAUCCAUGACAUUGUGCCUGAGAAGGAAGGUAUUGCGCUAAAAAAGGUAACAGAUGCUUGCUCAGCUUGUUUUGAGCAACGUACCGUGUUCACACAGAAUGUCUUGGCAAAGGCGUUGAACCAGAUGGUUGAUCGAACUCCGAUUCCUCUGCUUUUUAUGAGAACUGUGAUCCAGGCAAUUGAUGCCUUCCCUGCUCUGGUUGAUUUUGUCAUGGAGGUUCUCUCUAAACUCAUCAGUAGACAGAUCUGGAGAAUGCCAAUGCUCUGGGUAGGGUUUCUAAAAUGCGUGUACCAGACGCAGCCACACUCAUUCCAUGUAUUAUUAAAGUUACCUGCACUCCAGCUUGAAUCCGCACUUAACAAAUACGCUAACCUCAGAGGUCCCCUUACAGCUUUCUCAAGCCAACCAAACAUCAAAUCUUCACUACCAAGAUCAAUCCUUGAGGUUCUUGGGCUUGGAACUGAAUCACAUUCGACGCAACCACAACAUGCAAAUCCCUUGUGUACGUCAGAUACAAGCUCUGUUCCUGGGACAACAUCAACGUGAUAGCCGGAGUAACAGAUUGGCUUCAGAUUCACCUCGUUUUUUUUUUCUCUGAGGUUGGCCUAGCUUCCCAGAUUCAUGUCAUUAUGCAUGAAAAAAGGAGAACUGGGUUCCACUUGAAAGUUCGAGUUGGUAACAAUGGCUUUGGUGGGAACUAAGAAAGUAUCUGCAUGUUGGAAAUGCAACGAAUUUCAAAGCGAUCUCAGAAGAGGAUUAUAGGCAGUGAAAUGAAGAGAUUGUGAUUAGGAUGUUUUGUGUUGACAAUCUGCUAUGUCUGCAGGUUAUGUAUAAUAAUAGCUGUACAUUUGUAUUUCUCUUUAGUCUUCUCUGUGCUCCUCUCAUGUCGAUUUUGGUAUUGGUUUUUGCCUCAAGCCCUCAAUUGGGCCUUUCUAAUAAAAAAUGUCUUUGUAA